AUGGAUCUUAUGAUGGAGGGAAAGCUUGAUGGUGGGGCUUGCAUGUGGACUACUGGUGUUGAGUGGUUGAUUGGUGAUGCUGCCAAUAACCAGGUUACCAUGAGUGAAAUGCUGCAACCUGUGACUGGCAGCAAGUUGGUUUCACAAGUGGCUGCCAUGCUCAAAGACAGCCCUAACCAGCUGGUGAAACACUUUAUCAUUAAUGUGAAUCACAACUUGAAGUAUUGGGCUUGCAUCAAAAAUGGUCUCAAGGAUAGAGCACAGGCACAUAAGUUUUCCAGUAUAAGCUGGGCAACACUCUCAUUGCAUACUUUGGAAGAUGAGCAGAAGCUAAUGUUAAGGACCUCACAUAUCAUUGGUAAUGGGGCAAUCUUCAGAACACAGAUGCUUAAUAAAGUGCUGCACACUAUUUGUGAUGGUCACUACAACCAAGGGGACAUCCUAAUGAAGUACACUAAGGCCAGUGUUCCUCCAGCUGGCCAGAGCAAGGCCAUGAUCCUGAAAUGCAUGGGAUUCACCUGUCUAAAGACAUGGUGUCUGGACCUCAUGGUGACUGAGGUCUUGGCCUUGCACUUUGCUGCAAUGUUUUGCAUGGCCUUUCCAGAAUUUUAUGAGGAAUACUGGAAGGCAUUUGAGGCAGGCAAAUAG